AUGAAUGUGAAUGGACACGACCAAACUGGAUGGUGUGGUGGAGGGAUUGUCUCUCAUUUGGCUGUAUCGCUGGAAUCAGGGGCGUGGGGAAGUCAGGUAAUUGUGCCCCGGAAGGUGAGUGCUGUGUUGGGGAAGAAUGUGACGUUGGCCUGUAACGUGGAGGUGGGCGCCAACCUUAGUCUCACCCAGAGUACCUGGGAACGGCAGCUGUCCACCGGCCCGUUGACGCUGGCGGUGUACAACCCUGUGUUUGGCAUCUCCGUCAACGCGGAGUACACACGGCGCCUGUCCUUCCGCUCACCGUCCUCCCAUGAUGCCACCGUCAUUCUGGAGGACGUGGGCUUCGCAGACAUUGGAGUGUACACCUGCAAAGUGGCCACCUUCCCCCUGGGAAACACACAGGCCUCCACCACGGUCAGCGUGCUCGUGGAGCCCAAGGUGUACGUGUCGGCCGGGUCGAUGGCUCUAAUCGACGAGGGCAAUGAAACCGUAGUGGCCACCUGCAUCGCUGAGCGGGCCCGCCCCCCCGCUGAGGUCUCCUGGGAGACGGACCUGUUUGGCCAAUCGGAGGUGACGCUGCAGGAAGAGGCCAACGGCACCACCAGCACCCAGGUGCGCUACCUGUGGCAGCCCACUCGUCACGUCCAGGGCCACACGCUGACCUGCGUGGUGCGCCACCCCGCCCUGAACACCCAGUUCAGGAUCCCCUACCAGCUCAACGUGCAGUACGCCCCAGACAUCACGGUGCUCGGCUACGACGGGGACUGGUACGUCGGCCGGGAGAACGUCCAGCUGACCUGCAAAGCCAAUGCCAACCCGCCGGCCCGCCACUUCAAAUGGAUCAGGCUCGACCGGGACAUGCCGGAGGGGGUGGACGAUGUCAACAACACGCUGCUGUUUCUGAGGCCCCUGCAGCGGAAUGACUCUGGUGUCUACAGGUGUGAGGUCGCCAACGACAUCAGCCUACGCUUUAAGGACCUGCGCGUCCGCGUUAAUGAUCCUCCCACCACCUCCAUGCCUUCCACCUCCCCUGCUCCUGUUUUAACGGGUUCUGCCUCCUCCUCCACCUCUGUGGGAGACAAGCGACGGGUCCACUUCACCUCCCCCACCCUUGCUGCCCUGCCGCCUGACAACCACCUUGGCACCAUCGUGGGUGGGGCUGUGGGAGGAGCCAUGUUCCUCCUGCUGCUGCUGGUGCUGGGCGGGGUCUGUUACCUACGACAACGGCAGACUUUCCGCGGGGACUACUACACUAAGCAGUACAUAGGGCCUUCGGACAUGCAGAAGGCUCCACCCCCACAGCCCCGUCUUCACUCCCCGAAGCCUGCCAACGCCGUCUACGUGGACAAGGACCGCGAAGAAUGGGGCGACCGCGAGCGCAACCACGAGCGAGACCGCGAGCGCCUCCACAUGCAUCAGACGCCGCCGGCGGUCGUCAGCAACCACAGAGAGCCGGGUGGCCGCACGAGGGCGCUGAGGAACGGCGAUCACCUCGGUCACGAACACCUGCACGGCUACCCCAGCCCCCACCAGACGGGCCGCGCCAGAUACACCGCCCCGUCACGCCCCCUCAGUAACGGCUCCCCCUACCUGUCGGAUGACUGCUACGAGAGCGGCGCUGAGGGGGACUACGUUUCCCAUACGGACGGCUCAGUGAUCUCACGCCGGGAGUGGUACGUCUGAGGCCGUAGGAGCGCUGCGCUGACAGCAGACUGCUGGGAACGGGGAGGAGACCACAGUGCACCAAUCACCAGAGGAAUCGAGAACGUUCUGCCACUCUGUCCGUCUUCCCCUGACGCUGUCGUCAGUCUGGACAUGUGGAUCCCUCUCUUUUUUUCCAACACUGUUUGUCAUUUGGUAACAGGGUGCUGGUUCUCGUGGAAGAUGUGUGGAGGCCCCGUCACUCUGUGGCCCUGCUUUCCUUCUGCACUAGAGGACAACUUUGUGUUAACUGGUUAAUGUAGGGUUGGGUCACCGCUCACUGCGUGCACACACACUCUGCUAGGCCUGCCUUCUGGUAUUGUUUUGAUUGCAAGCAUGCAAAGAAGGCCCUCCUGCGCUAUUUCAGUUCACAAUUCUUGAAAUUAAGUCAAAUACUUUUAAGAGAAUCCGAUGAAUUUCUUUUACUUCUUGUAGAGUUUGAUAUUUCUAAUAACCUGUCUAGUAUCCACUUUCUGUUAAGCGUUUUGAAGAAAAUACAUUUGUUUUGUACACAAGGGGAAAUGGAUAGGCAGAUUUCUGGCACACAGGGAAUUAUUUGUUGCAGUAAGUUGAUAGCAUGAAUACACAUCAAAUUUGAAUGUUAUGUCCUUUUCUUCGUAUCUGUGUGGAAGUGUAUUAUUGGUGCCAUUGCCAACUUAUUAGUGUUGUCAGAUAGCAUUAGAUGUCACUAGUGUUGUCAGAUAGCAUUGUAUGCUGUCAUUGCAGCAAGAUGUCAUUGGUAGAACUAUGUCUGCAAUGUUCUGUGUUGGUGUGGAAACACUAGCAGUAAUGAUAACUAACUAGGUAAAACAAAGUAUUCCUUGUGUAUCACAUUUUCAUACGGAGAUUUGGAAAAAUAUGAGACUAGAGCUCCCUGUUCCCAGAUGUGGGAAUGGAUGUACGAUAUGUUCAGGAGCCCCAUGCGUUCUGUAUGAGCACCGUCUCGUCUAUUUAUUUGUGCUUUUCUAUUUGUUGUUAUGUGAAAUAUAUCUGAAAUGCCCAUAGUAACAGCAUACUGUUUAUAGGGCCUUUCCAUUUGGAAAGCCAUCUGGUAAAGGUGAAUGGGGCAUAAUAGUUCUACUUGAGUUUUGUUAUUUCAUCUGUGAUACUGUGAAGUAAAUAGAGAAUGAUCAUGUUCUCUGUUGUCUAGUGAGAAGUCCUCUCUCACUGUUCUGGGUUCAGUUAUGAAACGGUGCCUUAUCCCAGAAGAGCAGUAAAGUGACUAGUGAAGUCAUUAAAAAAGACAGUAUGAUAACAUUGUUAUUCUUGCUGACAGAAGUGCAAGGUCUCUUAGGUUCACUGAAUGAUGAGUUUUUUUUUUCUUCCCUAUAUUGUGAUUCUCUUUGUCACAUCCUGUUCUCUGUCUCAUGUUUUUUUAGCCAAGAAGUUUGACAGUAGCAUUUUCUUUGCUCACACCUUGAAUGACAUUUGCAGCGUCGUGGUUGCAAAACACCUGAACAAAGCUAUCCUGAGCUAAAAUAUGAUAUUAUCGUACGGUGCAGUUCCUACAUUGUUUUUCAUUUUUUCAAGGGAUUACCAGAUUUUAGGUUUUCUUUGUACAAAGUCUAAACAUGAGGAGUAGAUUACCCCAUCACCUCACCAAGGUCUAACUUCAAUCGCAUUUGACUUUUCUCCUCUCAAGCAUUGUCAUGUCGUGUUCAUCUCAUGCUUGUUUUGUACGUAGGGGAUGAACUAAUGUAUCUUUAAAAAAAAAAUGUUUUAAUGCAAGAGAAAAUAAAAAUCACAUGCUGUAUCAUCAAUGACAACAUGCAUUGUUUUGGAAAUCUUUUUUGAGAUUCUUUGUUUUAAAUAAAGCACCUUUUUUCUGUGA